AUGGAGGGGGGAUCCGCCACCAAAGUUCCGGAAUUGAUCGAUAGUCAUCAAGACUUGCGAAAAACCAGUAGAAGCACUGUGAGCAGGAUUUACGUUGAGGGAUACGACACUUGGCUUUCUGGCUAUGAGUUGGCCAUCUCUAUGAAAAAACAUUUCGCUUCAUGUGGACAUGUGAUACAUGUUCACAUUCCCGGAUACUCUCGUGGCUCUAGUCUCACCAGCGGCGUCAGCAGAUUUGCCUUGAUUUAUAUUCGUGGAGAAGGUGCACAAGACAAGGCGUUGGAACUUAGUGGUGCAAGGUUGGAACUUAUUGGUGGAAGUUACAGCAGCGGAGAAAACAAGUUGGUCGUUAAGCCUUACCCGUUCCGUGCCAAAAACCCUGACCCUGACUUGGCUCGUGAGUUGGCUCGUACGAGAGACGAUGACAAACUGGAGCAUCGCAUAAUGCGUGUUGAUGGAUAUGACACUUCGCGUUCCGUGGAGUAUCUCAAGAGCAAGCUGUUUAAACAUUUCUCUCGAUGUGGAGAAGUCGUGUUUGUACAAGUUCUCAAAGAAAAAGAAAACGAAGCUGUUGCCAGGAGAGUCGCUUACGUUGAUAUGACGGGAAUACACGCAAUAGAGAAGGCGCUGCAACUUAGAUGUAAUGUUAAAGGAUUGGAGAAUGUUAAAGUUUUUGAGGUUGCAAAUCCUCUCAAAAAUGGAGCGCUAUUCUGUGGUGGGCCAAUCAUGACGUGGGAUCCAGUGUUUGAUGCUACAGCUCCUGAGGAUCCCAAUCUCCCUAAGCCUCCUUCUCCGAGGUUUAGUAAGAGACCUUCGAUAAUCCGUUACGCACCUGAGGAUCCAUCUCUCCCUAAGCCAUGGAAAGCUCUUGUGGAUUGCAGCACUGGGUUUAAGUACCUUUGGAAUACAGAGACUAAUGUUACCCAGUACAACGCACCUGAUUCAGAUUCAGAUUCAGAUUCAGAUUCAGAGACUGAGGAUACCCAGCUCAACUCGUCCAGUAAUUACAAUCUCCGUAAGCGUAAGUGCACUCUUGCAUGA